UUCCCAAAACAAUCCCGAAAGUCUUGCGAACUACUGCUAACAGUUUUUAACUUUUUCGGAAGUUAUUAACUCACUUUAUUUUAGUGUAAUAUUUUACGUUCAGUUUACUUUUUCGGUUGAUUACCACCAUGGGUACUUCUAAAAGGGUUUCUCGCUUCCAUUACCUUUUAUGUCAUACUUUCGUGGCUUGAAAAGGUCCCGAAACAUCUGUUAGCUUAGCAUCGCUUCCCAAAAACAAAAAGCCCCACUUACGGUUAAUCUUACAAAUUGCAUCGCGUACGACUGAAGUUAAUAUCUGCGACAACCACAGCAACAUCCUAAAAUGUCGAUCCUUGGAUUAAAGAAGAAACAACCAAAGACUUUUAAGGUCAAAGUUAUAACAAUGGAUGCUGAGAUGGAGUUCAGCUGUGAGGUCAAAUGGAAAGGUAAAGAUCUAUUUGACUUGGUUUGCCGCACUGUUGGUUUGAGAGAAACAUGGUUCUUUGGACUUCGAUAUACAGUUAAAGACACGUAUGCCUGGCUGAAACUGGACAAAAGAGUCUUGGAUCAGGAAGUUCCCAAAGACUCUCCAAUAACGUUUCAUUUUCUGGCAAAAUUCUUCCCAGAAAAAGUAGAAGAAGAAUUGGUCCAAGAAAUUACACAACAUCUUUUCUUCUUACAGGUUAAAAAACAAAUAUUAGAAGAAGAGAUAUUAUGUUCCCCUGAAGCCUCUGUUUUACUGGCCUCAUAUGCUGUUCAAGCCAAGUACGGAGACUAUGACCCCAACUUUCACAAACCUGGUUUUCUGGCGCAGGACGAGCUCCUCCCAAAGCGGGUGUUGAUGCAGUAUCAAAUGACAGCUGACAUGUGGGAGGAGAAGAUCACAGCUUGGUAUGCAGAGCACAGAGGCAUCGCCAGAGACGAGGCGGAGAUGGAGUAUCUAAAGAUUGCACAAGACCUUGAAAUGUAUGGUGUGAGCUACUUUGCUAUAACUCAAAACAAAAGAGACACAGACCUGUUGCUGGGAGUGGAUGCCCAGGGCCUUCACAUCUACAGUCCCAACAGCAAACUCAACCCAAACAAAUCAUUCCCCUGGAGUGGCAUCCGCAACAUCUCCUACAGCGAGAAAGAGUUCACUAUCAAGCCUCUUGACAAGAAGAAAGAUGUUUUCAAAUUUUACUCAUCUCAGCUUCGCGUAAACAAACUGAUCCUGCAGUUGUGCAUAGGAAACCAUGACCUGUUUAUGAGGAGGAGAAAGGUGGAUUCUAUAGAGGUUCAGCAGAUGAAAGCUCAAGCCAAAGAGGAGAAAGCUCGUAAAAAGAUGGAGAGGCAGAUCCUGGCUCGAGAAAAGCAGAUGAGGGAAGAGGCUGAGCGAGCAAAGGAGGAAAUGGAGCGGAGACUCUUCCAGCUGCAGGAUGAGGCCCGACUUGCCAACGAGGCUCUGCUGCGUUCAGAGGAGACGGCCGACCUUUUGGCGGAGAAGGCUCAGAUUGCAGAGGAGGAGGCAAAGCUUCUAGCUCAUAAAGCUGCCGAGGCUGAGCAGGAGAGGCAGCGAUUGGAGGUGACGGCACUCAAGACCAAAGAAGAGAAGAGACUCAUGGAGCAGAAGAUGAGAGAGGCCGAGCAGUUAGCCGUCAAACUGGUGGAGCAAUCCGAGAGGAGGUUAAAAGAGGCCGAUCAUCUGAAACAGGAUCUGACCGAAGCCAAGGAUGCGGAGCGCAGGGCCAAACAGAAACUGCUGGAGAUCACCAAGACGACCUAUCCACUCAUAGCAGCCUACUCUGCCCCUCCUGCCCCUCCUCCUGAAGCCUCAAACUUCUCUUACGACUCCACAUCGAUGCGUUUGGACUUUAAAGACCCCGACAUGAAGAGACUCUCCAUGGAGAUUGAGAGAGAGAGACUGGAGUACAUGGAGAAGAGUAAGCACCUCCAGGACCAGCUGAAGGAGCUUAAAUCUGAGAUUGAAUCCCUAAAGCUGGAGGAGCAGCAGCAGCAAGCUGGCCUUUUCCACUCAGACCCCCGCGGGUACCACCCAGAACCCCACUACGUACCUCACAGCAACAGAAAUUCUGCUUACAUGUCACAGAUGGCCUUUUAUGAAGAGGUGUGAUCAGCCCUGCACAAAAGUACUACAGAACAGAUGCUGAGUCAAACACAUGUGUGCUUGCAGAGACCUUUGCCAUUUUGUGCUUCACGCUGUUACUCUAAAAUGGACCUACUACCCAUCUGCAGUGUGGGAAAACAUGCCUAGUGUUGAUUUUCUGAUGUUUUGGUUAAUAGAUGCCAAGCCUUAGUGUGCCUUAUGAACCACAAAUGGCUUUUUCUGGAGACAUUUUGAAUUUUGAACAAAACUAAUAUUUAGUUUUAUUAAGUUACAAUUUUAAUUGCGAAUUGUUUUCAUUCUAAGAGUUAUAUUUUGACACUGUGCUACUUUGUUAUUGAAGUAUUUUUCUAGUAAAAAAUGGAGUAAUGCUUUUGCAGUGGCAGACUUAGAUGGCUUAAAUUCAGUAUUUGCCCAAGUGUUUCAUUUUCAUUUUUUACUGUUGGUAGUUUAUAGUAGCAGAAAUACAGGAGUGGCCUUAUCAUCUCUAUGGGCCAUAAAUACUUUGCAUUAUUUGUUACUAGACUGAUGUUGUAAUUUCAGUUUUUAUGGUUUUGUGCCUUAAAUUGUAUUUUUAAAAUUUUCAUGUUAUUUUGCCACAGUUUUAUUUGAUAGAUAUUAGGUUGAAGGUUGCAUUUCUCAGGACUGUUCAAAGACAAUCACACAGCAAAUGUACAGAUAACCUGAAUGUACAGAUAACCUGGAUGACUGAUGCACUCCAUGUAAAGGUCUUUUUUGAUAUCCUGUCUGAAACACAUGCCUUGAGCUAGAAUAAGUACUGACAAUUAAAAGAAACGUUUUUGCCAGUUUACUAAUGGGCACCAAAGCACUUGAGUUUCAUCUUCUUAUAAUGCAUUUCCCUUAAAAGGCUUAUUGUGUUCCCUAUAACAAUAUCAGUACCAUUUCUUGUUGUAAUAUCAGGUUCACUCAUGUCUUGUCUUAUUUUCAGUAUGCAUUCAGUGCUUUCCAUACAUAUGAGAUGUAACCUGUUAAAAUACAUCAGCCCUUUAACACUA